AUGAAGGGAGCUGAUGCCGCACUCUACAAUCCUCGCACAGUCGAGGAGGUUUUCAGAGAUUUUAAGGGCCGCAGAGCUGGCAUGAUCAAGGCUCUCACUUCUGAUGUUGAAAAGUUCUUUCAGAUGUGCGAUCCUGAGAAGGAGAAUCUUUCCUUAUAUGGAUAUCCUAGUGAGCAAUGGGAAGUCAACCUACCUGCUGAAGAAGUGCCUCCAGAACUGCCAGAGCCUGCACUUGGUAUUAACUUUGCAAGAGAUGGUAUGCAAGAAAAAGACUGGCUAUCUUUGGUUGCUGUUCAUAGCGAUGCAUGGCUAGUUUCUGUUGCCUUCUACUUUGGUGCCAGAUUUGGGUUUGAUAAGGCUGACAGGAAGCGACUUUUUAAUAUGAUUAAUGAACUUCCAACAAUAUUUGAAGUUGUGACUGGUACUGCAAAAAAACAAGUAAAAGAGAAAUCAUCUUCAAAUCAUGGUAGCAACAAAUCCAAGUCGAACUCCAAAGCGCGAGGAUCAGAAUCUCAGGGAAGACAUUCAGAAGUGGUGCAGCCAAAGGAUGAAGAUGAGGGCUUGGACGAAGAGGAGGAAGAUGAACGUGAAGAGACAUGCGGGGCAUGUGGUGGAGGCGGACCAUCCUCAUUAGAUGAACCCUGGAUUUUUUGUGACUUCUGUGAAACAUGGUUCCAUAUGAAGUGCGUGAAGAUAACCCCCGCAAGAGCAAAACAGAUUAAGCAGUACAAAUGCCCUUCAUGCAACAACAAGAGAGCUAGGCCUGAUUAA